CUGCACUACGGGACCCUCCUGGGCAGCAGAGCUUGUGCCCACAUGGCAGCAGCUGCCUGGGCCAGUGCCUUUCUCAAUGCUCUGCUGCACACAGUCAAUACAUUUUCCCUGCCCCUGUGCCAUGGCAAUGCCCUGGGCCAGUUCUUCUGUGAAAUCCCACAUAUCCUAAAGAUCUCCUGCUCACACUCCAAUCUCAGGGAACUUGGUCUUCUUGCUGUUACUGUCUUUUUACUAUUUGGUUGUUUUGUGUUCAUUGUUUUCUCCUAUGUGCAGAUCUUCAGCGCUGUGCUGAGGAUCCCCUCUGAGCAGGGACGGCACAAAGCCUUUUCCACCUGCCUCCCUCACCUGGCCGUGGUCUCCCUCUCCGUCAGCACUGCCAUUUUUGCCUACCUGAAGCCCCCCUCCAUGUCCUCCCCAUCCCUGGAUGUGGCAGUGACAGUUCUGUACUCGGUGGUGCCUCCAGCCCUGAACCCUCUCAUCUACAGCCUGAGGAACCAGGAGCUGAAGGCUGCAGUCUGGAGACUGAUGACUAGACAAUGUAAGAAAUCCUGA